AUGCCUCAUUAUAUCACGCUUGCUACGUGUGCUCUGAAUCAAUGGGCCCUUGAUUUUGAGGGUAAUAGAGAUCGGAUUCUAGAGUCAAUAUUGCAAGCAAAAAGCAGAAAAGCGUCUUUGAGAGUGGGGCCAGAACUGGAAAUUCCGGGUUAUGGUUGUUUAGAUCACUUCCUGGAGAAUGAUAUUUAUCUACAUUCCUGGGAAAUGUAUGCGUCAAUUUUGACAGAUAUUCGGACUUAUGGAAUCUUGCUUGAUAUUGGUAUGCCAAUAAUGCAUAGAAAUCGUAGGUACAACUGCCGUGUCCUGUCUUACAACGGUGAGAUCCUGUUAAUCCGCCCAAAAAUUGUUCUUGCGAAUGAUGGCAACUACCGGGAGAUGAGGUACUUCACGCCUUGGUUGAAAACUCAAUACGUUGAGGAAUAUAUCUUGCCUAGAAUGAUUCAAAGGAUAACGAAUCAAGUGACCGUUAAAUUUGGUGAUGCAGUGAUAAGUACUUUGGAUACGUGUAUGGGGGCAGAAACAUGUGAAGAGCUAUUUACUCCUCAAGCCCCUCACAUAUCUAUGGCACUGGACGGAAUAGAGAUUAUCACCAAUUCGUCAGGAUCACAUCAUGAAUUGCGAAAAUUGGACACGAGAAUGGCUAUGAUAAUUGAAGCCACUAGAAAAUGCGGAGGAAUUUAUCUAUAUGCUAACCAAAAAGGCUGUGAUGGAGAUCGUUUGUACUAUGAUGGUUGUGCGCUGAUUGUAAUGAACGGAAAGGUGAUGGCUCAGGGAUCUCAGUUUUCUCUGGCCGACGUUGAAGUCAUAACAGCAACAAUCGAUCUGGAGGAAGUACGUGCUUAUAGAGCACUAAUUUCCCAUGGGAUUCAGAGCCGCUUAGCGCCAAAAUAUGAAAGAGUUCAUGUUCCUGCAGAACUGAGUCCCGACUCCAUGAACUUUGACAUGAAAAUCAACCCUUCGGUUCCAAAGCACUUAAAAUAUUACAAACCAGAGGAGGAAAUUGCGUAUGGGCCAGCAUGUUGGCUAUGGGAUUAUGUUCGUCGAAGCAGAGGCUCUGGAUUUUUCAUACCCUUGAGUGGGGGAAUCGACAGCUGUGCAACAUCUGUUAUAGUGCAUUCUAUGUGUCGAUUAGUUGUGCAGGCUUGUAAAGAGGGGAAUCGACAGGUUAUCGAAGAUGUGCAAGCAGUCGCAAAUAUGCCUCAAAGCUGGAUUCCUUCUUCACCUCAAGAUCUGGCAGGAAAGAUUUUUCAUACGUGUUAUAUGGGAACUCAAAACUCCUCGUUGGACACUAGAAGGAGAGCCAAAGAACUCGCAGAGAAAAUAGGCUCCUACCAUGUUGAUUUGAACAUGGAUUCUCUGGUGUCAGCGACUAUCAGUUUGUUCGAAGUGACGACAGGAAAAAAGCCGGUGUUUAAGAUUUUUGGAGGAUCCAAUAUUGAGAACCUAGCCUUGCAAAACAUUCAAGCCAGGUUGAGAAUGGUACUUGCUUAUUUAUUUGCUCAGCUUUUGCCAUGGGUUAGAGGAAGGACCAAUACUGGUGGCCUCCUGGUCUUGGGAUCUGCAAAUGUGGACGAACAGUUAAGGGGUUAUUUGACCAAGUACGAUUGCUCGUCAGCCGACAUCAAUCCCAUUGGUGGAAUAUCGAAAUCAGAUCUAAUUAGAUUCAUAAUCUGGGCCGAAAAAGAGUUUGAGCUUCCUGUGUUGAAAACUUUUGUGGAUGCUACACCUACGGCCGAGCUUGAGCCGAUCACUGCUAGCCAUGUCCAGUCGGACGAAGCAGAUAUGGGCUUUACUUACGAUGAAUUAAGCAUGUUUGGAAGAUUACGGAAAGUUGACAAAUGCGGACCAUAUUCCAUGUUUAUCAAACUCCUACAUAUAUGGGGUGAUCAGAAGACACCUGAAGAGACUGCCGACAAGGUGAAAAAGUUUUUCUGGUAUUAUAGUGUGAAUCGUCAUAAGCAAACGGUUAGUACCCCAUCUUACCAUGCAGAGCAAUAUUCUCCUGACGAUAACCGCUUCGAUUUACGUCCGUUUUUGAUAGACCCAAGAUUCAGUUGGGCACGCCAAAAGAUUGAUGAUGUUUUAUCGAAAUUGCGAACAAAUGAAACACUUAGUACAAUGACAGUGGACUAG